ACGAUUGUUCCAGCCAGUAUAGCUCACUGGGUAGCAACUAAUAUCAUGCUUGUCUACUCUUUUUAGUACUGAUAGAAUCCUAUGAACCAAGUUACAAUGUUGCCUCUAGUUUAAAUGACUCGAAAUUGUGUGCAUUACCUUGAAAUGCUAGGCGAUCGGAGGUAGUCGACAGGAAAUUCUGGAUCUAGACUUUUGCAUUUGUCAACAAGGUGUACCUGUUAUCUUGAGAGACAUGAUGCUCUUCGGUGGAUUCGAAUUAUUUGUCUAUUUCCUAUUGUAGUAUUAGAACAUUAAAUGGUCGUCAAGUGCUCCAAUUAUAGAGUCACAGACCUUUCUAUUUCGUAUUCUAUAUAAUAUGCAAUAGAGCUAAAUCUUAUUAUGGGUUUUUAAAACUACCGUUUACAUUGACUUCGUAUUGUUUACUUGAAUCUUCUCAUUUAUGUUUCCCACUGUAAUUAUUAAUAUUAUCUUUGAUAUUGAAAGGUGGGGUUUUCUCUUGUUUGACUUACGAUUCGUUUUGUAUUUUCUCCGUGCUGCUACAGUUGUUCACAUUUUACCCAUUCAUAUUUCGGAUUCAUGCGGAAAGCUCAAGUAGAGACAACCAUACACAUCAGUUACUAAUUGCUUUCAAUUCUUUCGAUAAAAUCUAUUUCCUAUCCAUGACCAUUGCUAAUUGUCAUCGGUAUGAUUAUUUCGAUAAGAAUAACUCGAUCUCAAACUAUAGAGAGACAUGUUUAAACACUGAUCCAGCUACAUUAGCCUGGUAAGUCAGUUGAUAUCACUAGCAUUCACUUAUAAAAUGUAUAAUUCAAAAGGAAAUACACGGUUCUAAGUUGCAUGAAGUAACUAGGAUUAAAGGCGAAGCCUCAAGUGAAAUCUUUCUGAUAGAUCGUGUGAAUAGUCAGUUUAAGUGUGCAUAAUCGUAUUUUUCCCUUAACUACUCUUGGAUUCGCUCCGAGAAUUAAAUCUUUCUGUGCUAAUGGGGCUUAGUAACUUGAGUCGAUGCACAUACCUUCAAGAUGCUGUGUCUCAUUAGACUGAUUUGAUAGUAAGUCAGAGGAAAAAAAUAGAAUUACCAAUUAUCGUGUAUUAUGUUUUCUCCAGCUAAUCAAUAUACAGAGGUAUUAGAAACUUCUGAACAAAAAUACUACGGUCGCCAGCUCGUAUACCCAUAGAACGUAUGCCGUAAAUCACCAUGAAUUCUUCAGUUUUAUCUAUUGUAUGGCCAUUACUGGCUGAAUGUCAUCUUUCUGUCACUUUAUACUUUUUACUUGAUAUCAUUAGUCAAGUAACUUUUCACUUCGUACAGAAUUUCGUUGUAACUACAAACAUUUGUAAGAAAUAGCCAAAAUAGCAAUAGUGAAGAUGUCAACUUCACAAAGCAGUACAUCGAAAGAACAGUAGAAAUGAACUACUGUUUUUUUUUUCAAAAUUUAGUCAAUUAACAGUUAGUAUUGAAUCACUUCCUUCGAAUAGUUUUGAAUAUGAACCAUUCGCUAAUUUUAACUGUUUAAUUCAUUACAAUAUAAACUCAUAAGCUAUGAUCAGAUGGUUUUAUUUUCGUAGAUAUUUUGAUAUUUUCCAUUCAUGCCCUGUAUACGUGUACGCAAUCUAGAACAAGGACCAGGAAACCUAAUGGGUCGGGUUAAAUGAAUCUGCUUAUUAUUAUGGCCCAGUUGUUGGUCCUCUACGGUAAAAAAGUCUCGGUUAGUAAUUUUUGAUUUGGCACGAUAAGUUCAGUUGUUCAUGGAUUUAGAAUUUUACGAAACAUUAGUCAGGAUUCCAUUUCCCAUCAGUUUAAUAAGGUUUUCUUAGAAAGGUUCGCUUGAUCAUCUGACUGUGAUUAAUAUUUAGGAGACUAUGACAUUAUUGCUGGAGCACUGGAUAUCAUGUGAUUACUGUAGUUUUAUCAUUUACAAAAAAUAAUCAAGAAAAUACAGCAAUCACAUUGCUUAGCUAUGUAAACUAGAUAGAUAAAGUAGAAUUCAAUUUGUAAUCUUAAUAAUAAUCAACCGAAUCUUUAAGUUAAAGCUCUGCUUUUCCCCCUCAUAUUAAAUCAUAAAUCUCCCGUAUUUAACAAUCAAAAUCUAUUCUGUUUUCUUUAUUAUUUUUUUAUAUAUUUCACCCAUAACACUGUAUUCAUUGAUAUGUGGAAAAUUGUUUUACAUUUCUUUCCAUUUACCAUGUAGUCCUACAUUUUAUUGAAUCUAUUGAACAAUCCUCAUAAAAUAUAAAUCGUUUGUACUUACCGAUUUAAGCGUCUCCAUAUGUAUAUAUAUAUAAUCGCUUUGUACAUGUGUAGUACUCAAUGAAUAUUACUAUGCUUAUAUCUGUGCAUAUACCCAUACAAAUACAAACGAUUUUUUUUCUUUUAGCUUAUUCAGUAACUUACCAUGAAAUAUAUAAUACAUUUGAUUAUUUGUAAAUUACACAAUUGGAGUUGUUGUUUUCUCUUUUUCUGUUUUAAGGACAUGUUGCCUUGGUUAUUUAUUUAUAGUUCAUUGAAUGUAGAUUAUUUCCAAUUUUCUUUAAUUAAAAUACACACACCAUUCAGUAGAAUAUCUAUGCAUGUCUUAAAUGUAAUACAAUGUGUAGUAUUUUUGCUUUCAGAGUGUAUUUGCAUGUUUGUUUGUUUUAAAAAUAUUAUUAUAUCUCAUUAUCUACCUAUACUUUUUAUUGUGUGAACUUUUUUUAAAAGAAAAACAAGUAUAGUUUGUUGCUAAAUAAUCUUAUAUCUAUUAUCUAUGAAAUGUUUAUAAGUAGCCUUUGUUGCCUGAAACUCUCGAUCGAAGUAAUUAAAACAUGUAUGUAUACUGAUUGGAGUUUUAACAUUUUCGAUCGGCCUACCAAUUUAGAAGGAUCAAAUAUAGAAGGAACAAAGGAGAGUUAUUAACAUACGAUGAAGGUAAUCGUGAUGAAGUGGAUGCCAAUGCUGCGUUAGCGGAACUGGAAAAGAUGCCUCAUAUCGGUGUCACUAAAACUGGACAAUCUCGUGGAAUAUUAGAUAAGCUUGAUGGAAUACGGACAAGUACUGAUGUUGUUGACGAGAUUACCUCAAAUGAUGUUCAACGUAAUGAUAUUAUCCAAAUGUCAGAGGAGGAGAAGGCUCAAUUAUUAUCAUCCGAUGCUUUUCUACGCUUUUUUGAACGUUCUUCACGUAUAAUUGAACGAGCGAUUUGUCAACCAGAUGAAGGUAUCUUUUUGGAUUAUUCCGGUCAAGAUCUUGAAACUGAAGAGUCUGAUGAAUUGUUAACUGUGUCGAACGAAUUUUUUGAUGAAAGAUGGUCUAAACAUCGUACAAUCACUGGUUUAGAUUGGUCAACUAUAUUUCCAGAAUUAUUACUUACAGCAUAUCAUAUGAAUGAAGAAGCUGUUCAUGAACCUGAAGGUGUUUGCUUAAUGUGGAAUAUGAAAUAUCCAAAGAAAUUAACACCGGAAUUUAUAUUUCAUUGUCAAUCCCCAGUUACAUCGGCUAGUUUAUCACGUUUUCAUCCAAACAUUGUAGUUGGUGGUACUUAUUCUGGACAGAUUGUUUUAUGGGAUAGUCGAGUUAAUAAACGAACACCAAUUCAGCGUAGUCCACUAACGUCAUGGGCUCAUACUCAUCCAGUAUUUGCAAUUACACUAAUUGGUACUCAGAAUGCUCACAAUAUUAUUAGUUUAGGAUCCGAUGGCUCGUUAUGUGCAUGGAGUUUAGAAAUGUUAGCUCAACCAAGAGAGAAAAGUAAAGUUUGUGAAAUGUCUUCCGGUGGUCUGUUCGAUCUUUAUCCUACAUGUAUGUCAUUUUUUGCUAACGAUGUGAAUAAUUAUGCUGUUGGUGCUGAAAAUGGUAACGCUUAUUGUGGACAACGGCAUAGCAGUCGUACAGGUGUUGCUGAAGAAACUUCACGUCAUGUUCCAUAUAAAGGACAUGGUGCACCUCUUACAGCCAUCUCUACUCAUCCAAGUCCUGGUGCUUUUAGUUUUUCAUCGCUAUUUCUCACUGCAUCAUUAGAUUGGACUGUACGUUUAUGGUCUACACGUGAACAUAAACCUAUACACACAUUUGAUGAUUAUUCGGAUUAUGUGUAUGAUGUAUGCUGGAGUCCUGUACAUCCAGCUGUAUUUUCUGCUGUUGAUGGUACUGGAAAUUUAGAUAUAUGGGAUAUGAAUCAAGAUGCUGAAAUUCCUGUGGCUCGUCGCAAAUUAGGAUUAUCAAGCAAUGUAGACACAUCUUCAUCGUCAUCAUCGAAUCUAGUCGGUGUUGCUUUAAAUAAAUGUCGUUGGAAUACUGCGGGCACACAUGUAGCUGUUGGUGAUGAUACCGGUCGUGUUACUGUUUGUAGUGUUCACGAAAGUCUUUCUCAGCCUGUCACUGAUGAUUGGUCUAGUUUCGCACAUGUAUUAGCUGAUCUUAAACACUAUGAAAUGGAACUAGAAGUAGAAACAGAAGCAUAAUCUUGGUUAAAGGCCUAAUUUUCUCUGUUUUUUGUAUUUCUAUGGAUCAUACAUACCUCUUCUAUGUAACACCAAUCAGCUUCAAUUUUAUUUUACGUUGUUUUGAGAAUUGAAGUUGCAUUUGUAAGUUGACAUAUUUGGUUUUCAUGAAAAUUAAUAAAGUACUUCAGUAUAGGGGUUCCGCUUAAAAAUAACAACUUUAAAAGGCUGUGUUGGGUUUCCUUAUUUUCUUUUUUUUAGAGCAACGUUUAUGACUUUUGUUUCAUUUUAGUUUUGUCUAAUUAUGUAAACAGUUUAAGAUGAUACUGUGCAAUGGAGUUUUUAAUCUCUUCACUUUUAUUCAAGUUUUUUGUUAUUUGUGAUAAUUCUCUUAAAUUCUAUAAUAUUUUGUUUGACUUGGUUACUUUUUAAGCUCCUUACUUAUAAUUGUCAUAAAUAAUAUUGAACAAUAAAAGUUGUCUUUGAUCUUUAUUCCUAGUCUGAUGCAUUUUUAUCAAUAAAGAUCAAUAAAGAGUGACAGUGUUCUAGAUGGUUUGUAAAUAUCUCGUAAAGGUCGUAAUUUGUUCAGUGAUCCAUUUCUGUUCUAGAUUUGUUUGAUAAACUAACAGUGGAAGUACCGAAAAAGCAUCUAAAUAGAUCUGGGAGUAUAUUCAGAACUUCAUUGGGUUAUGAGACAUUAUUUCAGUUGUUAGCAUUCUGUUCUUGAUUGUAGUUGUUAAAACUCACUAUUAGUUUUAUAUCUGUUGCAACCUACAAUUACGCUUUCUUUUUGUCUUUAACACUCGACUUUUUUUUACACAUAUAGUGUUCCGU